CACUUCCUUUCCCCCCAUUCCCACCCCCAGCAGCUGGAAUGUGAUCCCUCAAAGGGAGAGGAUGGAAAGUGUUUCACUGGUAUAACUGCUGUCUCACCCCGUGUGUCCCUGCUGCUGUCUCUCCCCUGGGCUUCUGGGACGUUGCUUCAUGAUAAGAGUCAUCAAAACAUACUGGUUAAGUCUCUGAAGGCCACUUGGGGACAUUAUAGUAGGACACAGUGUGGAAGAAUGUGUAAGGCUGGCACAGCACAAACCCAGGCUGAGUAGGAGUGUGAGCCAACUGCAUGGAAUGAGGGUCACUGACUGAGCUCACAUUGAUUGGUUGGAUGUGGGAAAGGCUUCUCUGUGAUUGGUCAUCUUCUCACCCACCUCUGUGCUUGUACUGGAAAGAAUAAGCUUUUCCUGCAGAGACAGGAGGAUGGACACCCAGGGGAAAGAUUUGGCCAAUAAGGAGUGUGGGCAGGACUUUGGUACUGAGCCCAAUCCUCUCACCGGUACUGAAUGUGGGGAAACAUCAUCUCUAACCAAAGACUGUCAGGGGCAAAGAAACAUUUCUACAAGAAAAAAACCCUUUGAGUGCACAAAAUGUGGGAAAGGCUACGUCAGUAGGAUUGCCCUACUCACUCACCAGAAAAGUCACACAGUGGGAAAGCCUUUCACUUGCACAAAAUGUGGCAAGAGUUUCCAUCGAAAAGCCAACCUUCUCUGCCACCAGCGCGUCCACUCAAAGAAGAAACCUUUUAUUUGUAACGAAUGUGGGAAACGCUUCUCUCAAAAAAGUUUCCUUGUCAAACAUCAGAAAAGUCACACGGGGGAGAGAAAUGUCACUUGUCCAGAAUGUGGGAAAACUCUGUCUUCCAGUGGCAGCCUUCAUACUCACCUCAAAAUACACACAGGGGAGAAACCAUUCACUUGUACAGAAUGUGGCAAAGGCUUUACUCAAAAGAAUAACCUUGUAUCUCAUAUGUACAUACACACAGGGGAGAAACCUUUCACUUGUACAGAAUGUGGCAAAGGCUUUACUCAAAAAUGUUACCUUAAGUAUCAUAUGAAAAUACACACAGGGGAGAAACCAUUCACUUGUACCGAAUGUGGCAAAGGCUAUGCUCAUAAGAAUAGCCUUGUAUCUCAUAUGAAAAUACACACAGGGGAGAAACCUUUCACUUGUACAGAAUGUGGGAAACAGUUUGCACGCAAGGAAAGCCUCUUAGGUCACCUGAAUCUCCACACUGGGGUUAAACCAUUCACUUGUUCAGAAUGUGGCAAAGGCUUUGCUAAAAGGAGUAGCCUUGUAUCUCAUAUGAAACUACACACAGAGGGAAAAAAUUUCUCUUGUGCAGAAUGUGGGAAAAAAUUUGCACGAAAGGAUUGCUUGGUAAAUCACCUGAAAAUCCACACCGGGGAAAAAAACAUUUGUACAGAAUGUGGAAAAGGCAUUUGCAGUAAGAGCCAACUAGCAUCUCAUAUGAAAAUACACACAGGGGAGAAACCAUUCACUUGUUCAGAAUGUGGCAAAAGCUUUGCUCAAAGGAUCAACCUUGUUACUCAUAUGAAAAUACACACAGGGGAGAAACCAUUCACUUGUAUAGAAUGUGGCAAAGACUUUGCUCGAAAGAAACACCUUGAAUCGCAUAUGAAGAUACACACAGGGGAGAAACCUUUCACUUGUACAGAAUGUGGCAAAGGCUUUGCUCAUAAGAAUAACCUUGUAUCUCAUAUGAAAACACACACAGGGGAGAAACCUUUCACUUGUACAGAAUGUGGGAAAAGUUUUACACACAAGCACGGUUUCACCAUCCACCUGAGAAUACACACAGGGGAGAGACCAUACUCUUGUACAGAAUGUGGGGCAAAUUUCAGGUACAAGAGCAGCCUCUUGGAUCACCUGAAAAUUCACACUGGGGAGGCACCAUUCAUAUGUACAGAAUGUGGGAAAAUCUUUCAGCAGAAAAGCAGCCUUAUCACUCACUUUAAAAUGCACACAGGGGAGAAACAAUUCACUUGUACAGAAUGUGGUGAAAGCUUCUAUAAAAAGAGCCUACUUGUUGCUCAUCAGAAAAGUCACACCAAGCAGGAAGGUGCCCCUUCUACAGAAUGUGGGAAAAGCAUUGAUCAAGAGAACCAGAUUAUCAGCCAACAAAACAUUCUGGUUAAACCUUUCAUCUGUACAGAAUGUGGCAAACAUUUAACUAGCAAGAAAACACUAUCCGCACACCAGAAAAUUCACAUCAGAGGGACACCGUACACAUGCACAGAAUGUGGCAAAAGCUACCUAAGAGAGCGCAGUUUGCUCAUUCACCAGAGAAUUCACACAGGGGAGAAACCAUUCACAUGUACAGAAUGUGGCGAAGGCUUUCAUGAAAAGGCCACCUUUCUCCGUCACCAAAACAAACACACAGGGGAGAAACCUUUCUCUUGCACAGAAUGUGGGAAAAGAUUUGCGUUCUUGAGAUAUCUCACUGUACAUCUGAGAGUUCACAUAGGGGAAAAACCUUUUGAGUGCAAAGAAUGUGGGAAAGGAUUUACUCAAUUAAAAUUCCUUCGUAGUCAUAGCAGAAUUCACACAGGAGAGAAACCAUUCACUUGUACAGAAUGUGGGAAAGGCUUUGCUCAUAAGAAUAGCCUUGUAUCUCAUUUGUACAUACACACAGGGGAGAAACCAUUCACUUGUACAGAAUGUGGCAAAGGCUUUGCUCAUAAGAAUAACCUUGUAUCUCAUUUGUACAUACACACUGGGGAGAAACCUUUCACUUGUACAGAAUGUGGGAAAGGCUUUGCUCAAAGGAAUAACCUUGUAUCUCAUAUGAAAAUACACACAGGGGAGAAACCAUUCACUUGUACAGAAUGUGGGAAAGGCUUUGCUAAAGCUGUAGGUCUCCAAAAACAUAAGUGUGGUCACAAAAAGGAGAAGAAACCUUUAAUGUGUACAGAAUGACAGGAAAUCUUAUUUUUUUGUUAUUUCUUGUAUUGGAAAUUAGGGGGAACUGAAGUUCCUUCAUGUUUGGUCCUUGCGAGUUAGAGAAUUAGAUUCCCAGUGCACAUUACAUUGCAGUAUUGAUUCUAUAGAGUGUAAGCUCUGAUAAACAGGGCCCUCUAAUAUCAGUGAGUAUUUGUAUGUAAUUGUAUGAUUGAUGUGUACACCCUUUACAUUACAUUAAAAUUUAAUUAUAAAGUGCCAAUAUAUUCCGCAGCACUGUACAAUAAGUGGGUUACAUACAUUGGACAUACAGAGUAACAUAUAAAGCAACCAGUAACCGAUACAAGAGGUGAAGAGGGCCCUGCCCAAAAGAGCUUACAAUCUACAAGGAGAAAGGGUUUAGAAACAACUUCUAUUAUAUAGCCCUGUUAAAUAUGCUGGUGCUUUAUAAAUAUGUGUUAAUAAACAUUUUUCACAAGUCUA